AACGAUUCUCGAUAAAAAAAAAAAAAAAAGAAAGAAAGUUUCGAUAAUGUUAGUCAUUUGAUAAAUAUCAUUGGCAAUAGUUAAUCAUCUAAUUUCAUCAUUGAAUAUUUUUUUCAUUCAAAAAAAAAAAAAAAUAUAUAAUCCUCUCAUAUAUGGAAUAUUAUUAAUAAUAAUCAGUUAUCAUUAUGUCAUAAUGUCAUAUAAAUUCAUAUUUGUAAUUAAUAAAAAUUAAUUUUUUAUGUGAACAUUAAAUAAUAUAAAUCUAUAACGAAAUGUCGAGCGAAAUAUCAAGUAAUCAAGAAAUGCCACAGAUAUUCAAUGAGGAGAACGAAUCAUUAGAGAAUCAAUUAGUUGCAGCGUACAGAAAGAACCGACUGGAUCAUUACAUGCAAUUAGAUAUUGAUUCAAGUCCAAGGCCAGUCAAGCUUACUGGUGUUAUGGUUACCAUGAGUAUAACAAAUUCUUAUCCAUUGGCAAUUGCGGAGAUCAUUAACGCCGGUGCAAACAUUGUUCGUUUGAAUUUAUCGCAUCAAACAGAAAAAUGGCACGUUAUUACCGUAAGAUCAAUAAGAGAGGCGGGAAAUAUUCUUUACAAAUCUAUGCAUAAAAUAUGUCCUAUUGGUGUGGCAAUUGAUUUACAUGGUCCCGAGAUACGUACUGGAAAAUUUCGUGGCGAUUCAUCAUCAAUAGAUCGCGGCGUAUUCGUCGAAGGUUAUAAUGUACGUUUAUCGACGGACAGUAAAAUACAACGUGCGGGUACGUCCUCCUGUUUUUGGGUAUCAUAUCAAGAAUUAUCAAAUGUAUGUCACGUAGGAGAUACUAUUUCGAUCGAUCGUGGCGCUGUAAUGUUAAAAGUUAUUUGUGUCGGAAGCAAUGAAGUGAUGUGUAAGAUUUUAAAAGGUGGUAUUAUUGGAAAUGAAAAAACGGUUCAAUUUUUGGACAAUGUUAUUUCGUUUCCAAUUAUUUCGAAACAGGAUAGCAAAGACAUUGAACUUGCUUCUAAGCUUGAAUGCGAUUUUAUUAUUGUAAAUCAAGCACGUAACAGCAAAAUGAUAAUUUCUGUACGUGACGAAAUAAACAGAAUAGGAAGUAAUUGGAUUAAAGUUUUGGCGAAGAUCUGUACGAGGCAGGGUUUACAAAAUUUCGAUGAAAUAUUGAAAGAAGCCGAUGGUAUUAUCUUUGAAAGGAAUGGUUUGGAACUUGAUAUUGGAAAAGAAAAAUUAUUUCUCGCGCAAAAAUCUAUAAUAGCUAAAUGUAACAGGAUCGGUAAACCCAUAGUUAUAAAUUUUCGUCCGAAAUUCAACAAGACGCCGAAAAUUAAUACAGAAUUAGUAGCAAUUGCUGUAUUAGACGGUGCGGAUACAAUUUGCUUAGCUACAGGAAAUUUGAACUUGAAAGAUACUUUACUACUUGUUAAAGAAAUUGAUACUGUCUGUAGAGAAGCGGAAAGUGCACGAUGGCAAAGAGAAAUUUUCUUAAAUACUUUUAAUAAUAUGAUAUCUAUACCAUUGAACGUAGUGCAUUCGAUUGCCAUUGGCGCCAUACAGACCUCCUUGAAUUGUAAUGCUGCCGCUAUCAUAAUCACAACUACGACCGGACGUAGUGCCGUCUUGCUCUCGAUUUAUCGACCACGAUGUCCCAUCGUAGCUGUUACGCGUUUUGGUUUUGUUGCACGAUACUUAAAUAUCUAUUUUGCCGUACAUUCCGUUCAUUACAAUGCGUCACCUUUACCCAAUAGGCUAAAAGAUAUCGAUAUACGCGUGCGAGCUGGUUUGAAUUAUUUAAUAGAAAGAAAAUAUAUCAAACUUGGCGAUGCAAUAGUUGUAGUUGGCCCAUCGCGACAAGAUGGAGGAUUUAUUAACUCUAUUCGUGUGAUCUAUACAUCUUUUGAUCUGAUCAGACCAUUCAUAAAAAAUUCAAUGAUGUCACCUAACGAUAAAAGGAUAUCAAUGCGUUCGCAAUAAAGAGGAGAGAAGAAAAGGAAAGGGUGGGGGAGGGAGGGGAAAGCAAUAAACAAAUAAACAAAUA